CCUUGGCCCCCCCCCUUCCCCUCCCGCGGAGGGCGCGCGCGCCCCGCGCUCCCAUGCGCCGCUGCUGCCCGGCUCUAUUUGUAAACACUCCGACCGCCGCCGCCUCCGCCGCCGCCGCCGUCGUCUCCGCCGCCGCCCGCCCGUUGCCUCUGCCGUUGCCGCAACAGCUUCCAAUCAAGAUGGCGGCCGGUGGGAGCGGCGGCGGCCUGUCGUCCUGCCCGCCGGGGGUGGGGAACGGCUGCAGCAACGGCAACGGCGGCGGCGGCGGCGGCGGCGGGCCCGGGACGGGCCUGAGCUACAAUAACUGCGCCGUGGCGGCGGCCGCGGCCUCGGCCCCCGGAAACCCGGCGGCCGCCUCCGCCGCCUCCUCGGCCUCCGCCGCCGCCGCCGCGGCCUCCUCCGCCUCCGCCGCCGCGGUCGGGCCCGGGGCCGCCUCCGCCCAGGCCGCAGGCAGCGGCGGCGGCGGCGGCGGGGCAGGCUCGGCCGUGGCGGCGGCGGCCCCCGGCCCGGGCCCGGCCCCCGCUCCGGCCCCGCCCGGGGCCGUGGGGGCGGCGGCGGCGGCGGCGGGGCUGGUGCUGCACCGCGAGCCCGUCUACAACUGGCAGGCGACGAAGCCCACGGUGAAGGAGCGCUUCGCCUUCCUCUUCAACAACGAGGUGCUCAGCGACGUGCACUUCCUGGUGGGCAAAGGCAUGAGCUCGCAGCGUAUCCCCGCGCACAGGUUUGUGUUGGCUGUGGGCAGCGCUGUCUUCGAUGCAAUGUUUAAUGGUGGAAUGGCCACAACUUCUACAGAAAUUGAACUGCCAGAUGUGGAACCUGCUGCUUUUUUAGCAUUACUCAAAUUUCUUUAUUCUGAUGAAGUUCAGAUUGGACCAGAGACUGUUAUGACCACACUUUAUACAGCUAAAAAGUAUGCUGUUCCUGCUCUUGAGGCACACUGUGUGGAAUUUCUAAAGAAAAAUCUCCGAGCUGAUAACGCUUUCAUGCUUCUAACACAGGCAAGACUCUUUGAUGAACCCCAACUGGCCAGCCUGUGCUUGGAGAAUAUAGAUAAGAACACAUCGGAUGCUAUCAAUGCAGAGGGUUUCACAGACAUUGAUUUAGACACGCUUGUUGCCGUGUUGGAGCGGGACACCCUGGGCAUUCGAGAGGUUCGUUUAUUUAAUGCAGUGGUUCGCUGGUCAGAGGCAGAGUGUCAGCGGCAGCAGCUCCCAGUGACUCCAGAAAACAAGCGGAAAGUUUUGGGCAAAGCCCUUUCUCUUAUUCGUUUCCCAUUGAUGACAAUUGAAGAAUUUGCUGCAGGACCUGCUCAGUCGGGCAUCCUCAGUGACCGCGAGGUGGUCAGCCUGUUUCUCCACUUUACCGUGAACCCAAAGCCCCGAGUGGAGUUCAUCGACAGACCACGCUGCUGCCUUCGAGGGAAGGAGUGUAGCAUCAGCCGCUUCCAGCAGGUGGAGAGCCGCUGGGGCUACAGCGGAACCAGUGACCGGAUCAGGUUCUCGGUUAACAAAAGGAUAUUUGUGGUAGGGUUUGGAUUGUAUGGAUCAAUACAUGGACCGACAGACUAUCAAGUCAACAUACAGAUCAUUCACACUGACAGCAACACAGUUCUGGGUCAGAAUGACACUGGCUUCAGCUGUGAUGGGUCCUCUAAUACAUUCCGGGUCAUGUUUAAAGAGCCUGUGGAGAUUCUGCCCAACGUUAACUACACGGCAUGUGCAACACUGAAGGGUCCGGAUUCCCACUAUGGCACUAAAGGCCUGCGCAAAGUGAUCCGUGAGUCACCCACAACGGGCGCCAAGACCUGCUUUACAUUCUGUUAUGCGGCUGGAAACAACAAUGGCACCUCGGUGGAGGAUGGACAGAUUCCAGAGAUCAUCUUCUACACAUAAUGGCCUGCCUGGCAGGACCAUCCUGGAGUGGCCACCCAGGGCCCUCCCCCUCCCCCCGGCUGAGUCCGACCGUGCCAAUGGGCUCGGCUGGCCCAACACACACUUCCAUGUUUCUGCCUUGUGUUAGUGACGCUGCUGCCGCUCUCCCCACAGACUGAAUGACAGGAAUCCACUAGAGUCUCAUGGCACUAGUGACUGCCUCUGUUUUAGUGGUCAUCUUAUCCUCUGAGUUCAUGAAAAGCAUUUUUUUUUAAAUUGUAAUGAAUGUAGAUGCUUUUACGUUGAUUAGAAGCAUGAAAAAAUACUUUGGUUGAGGUGGGAAACUUCCUGUAAUGAGACAAUCCCUUAAGAGAUUGGAGAAGAAAAACAAAGAAAGGAGGGUCAUAUUGACCCCUGCCGUCUCCUCCUGCCCCAUCCCUCCCAUGUACUCCUUCCACAUACACAGGGGAAGGAGCAGUUGUCCUUUGGGGCCAGCAGGGCGGGGUUUGCUUCACGGCAAAGGUUUUUAAAUGAAUGUCCGAAGAGAGCUGUGGUGCCCAUCGGUCAGUGGGGUCCUCUUGGUAACUAGAGACAAUCUGUUGUGUGUCCGACAAGCGGCACCGAUCCGACCGACCGCCUGUCUGUAGGUGAGGGACGGCAUGUCAGCAUGUGAAGAGAGAGGCGGGGUCCCACAGUGUCCACUCAGCUUGGUGGUGACCCCAGACUGUCUGGGGGGAGCCAGUUGAGAGAGAAAAAGGAAGUCCUUUCAGCGGCAGGAGUUGUCAGGUGAACUAACCUGAUCUCAGAUUCCCCCCUUAAAACUGCCGUUGUCUGUGUCAUUUAUUUUUGUAGACUGCACGCUGCAAUGCAUUCUUGGAUUUACCCUUCUGUAAGGAAGGGGUAUGGAUGGGGUUGGGGGAAGGGAGAGAAAUCAUCAUUCUCUGUGUGUGUGUGUGUGUCUGUGUGUAUGUCUGUGUGUGUGUGUCUGUGUGUUUCUAGAUUCCUGAGUGCCCAGAACCUAGGUCAGGAAAUGCCCCAGCCCGGAGGGCUCCUUAACAAGUGACCCAGGGCUGAGGGAACAUUUCAGGGGCACGUUGCAGACUUGCACUUGUUCCUUCCCAAUCCUCCUGGUCUUCCCCUGGUCAGAAAUGGCAUCUGUGCUUGUCUGGGCCAGCCUCCUCCCUGCUUGAGUGCUUUAGGGCUGUCACUUUCUCUGCAGCCUUUUCUAAAGCCAAAUCCUUGGAAAAGAGCCGUACUAGAGAAGAGGGCAGCUGGUGCCCAUUUGCUUUUUGCCUUGUUCUUACCGGAGAGGGUGAGGAUGUCCCUUUCCCCUUUUACUCUGUGCACAUCAGGGGAUUGACUCCAAGACCUUAUUUACAAUUGGAUCACUCACAGAAAUGUCAUGUUUUCCUUAUUUGAGAAUUGCGUGGGGCCACUUCCCUUGUUUCUUUUCUUCCCAUCUUGGUUAAGUGAUGCAAAAGGCAACAAGACUUGAGUUUGUGGUUCAUUUGUUUUUCUCUUCAAGGCUGUCAGAAAGGAAGGAAGCUCAGCCAGAAUGCAGAGACGGGGCUGUCCUCCUGCCCCCCCCCCCAUGUUGGAACAUGGGGCUUGGCUCACUUGACUUCUCUCUAUAGGCACUGAAAUGUACCACAAACCUGCCUCCUGCCUUUGCGCCUCCUCCCUCACAGCAACGAGCCAGGAAAUUGCCUUCUGCCUUGCUGUUUGAGGUCUGAGGACUUGUGUGCAAGGACAGUCUUCUUAUGGGGGUGAAUAGUGGUCCCUGUUCCUUCUACACUAACUGUAGCAAGGCCUUGCUGCCCCAGGCUAAGCUAGUAGCAAGUUAAAACUCUAUAACCUGAUUGAACAGAGCUGGUCGAGAUCUAAAGGCCCAGACCUGGUGGUAGUAGUGGGGUGUUGGUAAUGGCCAACAUUCAUGCUAUAGGCCUAAUCCUUGUGUCAGGAACCCAGUAUCAGGCAGUGUAUUAGCGGAAUUCCUCAGAGAAUGACCAGACUCACUAGCCCCUUCCUCCAAAGGAAAAUGUCUGCUAGGAUAGACAUACUGUUCUUGUCUUUGUUUUUACCUUGAUAUUAUUUCUGAAUGUAGGCGUUCUCUGCAUAAAGGUGCUGGAGGGACACCGUUAGGUCUCCCUACUUCCCUCUUCCAUUUCCUCUGGUGCCCUCUUCCUUUUUCAUCUUGUCCCAUCCCCCUGCCCAAGAAAGCAGGAUAUUCCUUGGGUACUGUACCAAGCACCUGUAACGGGGGAAGAUGAUUUGCCUCUGUGUGUGGGUGUGUAUGGGGUGUGUGUGCACGCGUGUGUGUGUGUUCAUUCCAACAGUUUUUCAGUUUCAGUGAUUCCUUCUGUCCUACAGAAUCCCCCCUCCCAGAAGCCAUGGCAAAGGUGUGAUCCCUCACACCUCAUCCUAUUGGAAUGAUUUUUAAAAAAUAAAAUAAAAUAAAUGUGUGUACGUCUUCUGAGCAAUGUACAUUCUUAAUGACUUUCUGCAGUUGGGGCAUGGUAGCUAGGAUGAAUGGAACUCACCGCUGAACAUGCCUGUCUCCUAAAGUUGGAGAAUUCCCUUGUAUCAUGUCCAUUCUUGAAUUGGAGUUGGGAAUGUCUAGAUUCAUAAGCAUUGCUAUAUUGAUGAAUGUAUCUAAUGAUUUCUCAUAUUCAGUGUUCAAACACUCUGCUUUUGGCCAGCUUUGUGACUUGUAAAUAGGUAAUCAAUAAAGAAAUGGGGUUGGUUGUCUUUAA